UAUAUCAAUGCUUCUAGUAUCUAGUUAUUAGAGAAGUGUUGUAUACUUGGGAAAUAUAUCUAUGAUGUUAAUUCCUUCUCAGUUGAACUUGGGAUCUAACACCAAUACUGUAAAAGACAAGUACUUUUCCGCCUCUGCAAUUUACUCAAGUAACCCCGUGCCUGCAACCCCUGGAAGCGUAGAAAACUCUCCAGGAAGCGCAGGAAGUCGACCGGUGUAUCAAUGCCCAUCGGCUGAUGGUCGAAUGUUUGCGCCAAAAAUGCAGUCCGAUAUUCCGGGGUUUCACAUGUACGCCGCGGCGGCGGUAGUGACCGGUCAACCCGGCUCAUCGGCUCUCAAUUCACCGGCAAGUUACGCUGCAGCUUCCGCACCAACACACAGCAUCGUUCCACCACAUUACGGCUCUCCUGCAAUUGAUCCUUCACCAUAUUACACGCCGCUGGGAUCUGGAUAUGAUAUGAAGGGUGACAUGUGGAGCGGUGGAUACAAUCAGCCUGCUCCAACAUAUUAUCAAUAUGAUACAGGAUUUGGACCGCAGUAUCCGUACGAAAGAUACUGUGGCAUGGAUAUGAACGAUGGUGUACGGCGGAAAAACGCAACCCGCGAAUCGACAAACACUUUGAAAGCUUGGUUACAAGAACAUAAAAAGAAUCCAUACCCAACGAAAGGCGAAAAAAUUAUGUUGGCAAUCAUAACAAAAAUGACUUUGACACAGGUAUCAACGUGGUUUGCUAACGCUCGAAGGCGUUUGAAGAAAGAAAACAAAAUGACGUGGAUUCCAAAAAAUAGAGCAAAUGAGUCAGGCUCAGGCAAUGAAGACAGAAGGCAAAGUGACGACAAAGACACUGAUGAAAAAUCAGACGAUGAAGAUUGCAAAUCGGUAAAAGACGAUGACGAACAACCAACCGACAUGAAACUUGAAGGCAAUUCUGAAUCCAAUCCAUCAUGCCAAUAUGAUCAGCAAAAUUCAUCCUCUCUGCACUUCCCGCGUCAACCUAUCACUGCUGAGGACAAUUGUCCAACUGAUUCAAUGGUGUCAGAUUCUGUGGAAUCAAAACCCAGUUUAGACUAUGAUCGUCCAUCCUUACAUGCUGGAAAUGCUAGUGCAGCACUGGGAGAUAAAUUACCUGGAAUGGGCCAACAAGGCGCCCUUGCAAGGUACGAAAGCGGCAGCCAUGAUAGCUAUAAUCGCCCAAUUUGGUCACCAAUAGACUCGCACCCACAAAAGAAUAUGAAUUUAGCUCGCCCUUACAUUAGCGGCUACAGUUCCGAAUAUUCGUAUCAAGGAUCUUAUAAUCAUGAAAUCAACGGCUUAUCUGGACGACGAAUGUCGUCCUCACUUCCUCAACCAUACUCUUCCAAUUUUGAAAUGCAACCCAUGACACAUCAAGGCAUGCCUCAAAAUGUGCAGGAUAGUCUUCCACUUCAUCAUCACUCUUCUACGACGGCACCCCACAUGGCUGGAAAGAUGUAUUCACCGUUGUCAUGUGAAAGUGUAAGUAAACAAUGCAACAGUUCAGUUGGAGCACGAGAAGGCGAUAUUGGUCAGACGGAUGCGGUACAACGAAACCAAUAUCCUUAUACAUCGCCUGUAACCAAUCUCCGAAAUUGGGUUAACGGAGUAUUCCAUGGACCGCAUCACCAAGCUUCUGGUAUGUGCGAAAAGAAAUCACCAUCAGGGACAGAUGCAGGAAUGACACCAGAAGAAUCAGGUCAAUUUUCAGAUCAUUCUCAGUAUAAUCAACGAUAUAUGCACCCAAACCAUUCUCACUCCACAGAUGACACAAUGGGAGAUUCCUAUAUGUUGCAACACCGAUCGUUGCCUGCACCAUAUAAUAAUUAUUAUCACGAACCAGUUGGUAAUGAUAUGGCAGGUACAUAUCCACCCCAAAGUAUUACUGACGUCAAUCAACACCCCGGUACAACAUACUACAGUCAUCAGUCAGAUACAUCAAACCACUCUCUUCUCAGCACAUCUAACAGUUCUGAUCCAUCACGAGUUCGUCCAAAUAGUUCAACAACACAAGAAUCAUUUGUUGCCGCAUCUGGAAGUUCAAGUUCGGCAGCGUCAAAUGUGCUUGGUGCGCCCCAACAUUGUCACACCAGUCCUUCACCAUGUCAGCCAAACACCUCUAAAAUAUCGGAACGACGUCCAUCCACUUGUCAAAACAUGCCUUACUAUGAUACAUCAGAUGACACAUCUGCAACACCGACAAGAUCAAGCGUUCCACCUCCGCCGUACGCAAGCCAAUGCAAAUUUGGAAGCAGUGCCUCACAGUCACAGUCGUUUCUCGGGAACCCACCCCAUGCAGAAUAUCCUUUGUCGCACAGACCAACAAACUACGACAGCCUGGAUCCAACCUCAAACAAAUCCGCCACAUCACAUUCACCAAGACCAAUUACAACAGGAAUACAUUCGCGUGAUGGAGGAAGUUACAGCUGCAGCAUUCCCUCGGACGAUGAAGCAAGAGAAAUGAGGAAGAUGCAACCGAGUGAAACUAUAAAUGAAAAAUCGGGAAGAUAAUGAAAUGUUUGCAAAACAUAAGACGGAGAGCGAGAAAAAAACAUGAAAGCAUUCGAUUGUGGAAUUCGUGAAGCCAAAAAUAACAUCGACAAGAGAAUG